AUGAAGUUGAAACACCUCCUCGAUCAGGAAUCGACCACCGCAAUGGACAAGUCCAACAACGAAGCCCGAGCCGUAGCUUCAAACGCAACGCUCGCGAUCGAGACUCUCAAGUGCAAGGCCGACGAUGAGAGCCAGAAGUUGUACCGUCGUAACAACAAAUGCGGCCGCCCUUCUGAUCUGGCUAAGGGCAACUCGGAUUCCUGGUUGGCUCAUUACCGUCGUCGCAUCCCAGGAAUAACCCUAACCGCAUCCCAGGAAUGGUUUACGUCACCUGCAAGACCGCAUUCGUGCCCGAGGGACCGAGACCUUGACUUCGUGUCUCCUCAACAUUGGCUGGUGGUCAAUGCCCCAGUGGUCGCAGCGACAGCUGGAGGAGCGGCGAAUACGUGGAGUAAGAGGCUCUGGUCCGCAUGUGCCGAUAUUUCCUGGACGUGA